AUGGCAGGAGGAGCCUUUGUAUCUGAAGGAGGUGGUGGUGGAAGAAGUUAUGAAGGAGGAGUCACACCUUUCGUUAUCAUCACAUGUGUUGUUGCCGCCAUGGGAGGUCUCCUCUUCGGUUAUGACCUUGGAAUCUCAGGAGGAGUGACAUCAAUGGACGAGUUUCUUACCAAGUUCUUCCCUCAGGUAGAGAGGCAGAAGGUGGAGAAAGGAAAGCUAGACACGGCUUACUGCAAAUUUGAUGACCAAAAGCUCCAACUGUUUACUUCUUCUCUCUACCUCGCAGCUCUUGUAGCUUCCUUUGUGGCUUCGGUUAUCACUAGGAAAUAUGGACGUAAAGUCUCUAUGUUUACCGGUGGACUUGCUUUCCUCAUCGGUGCACUUAUCAACGCCUUUGCCAUUAAUGUCGCUAUGCUCAUCAUCGGUAGACUUUUGCUUGGUGUCGGUGUUGGAUUUGCUAACCAGUCUACUCCGGUUUACCUCUCGGAAAUGGCUCCAGCGAAGAUAAGAGGAGCCCUAAACAUCGGAUUUCAGAUGGCUAUUACGGUUGGAAUCCUUGUGGCGAAUCUGAUCAACUAUGGAACGUCAAAGAUGGCUAAAAAUGGAUGGAGGGUUUCUUUAGGUUUAGCAGCUGUUACAGCUGUUGUUAUGGUGAUUGGAUCAUUCGUUUUACCGGAUACACCUAACUCGAUGCUCGAGAGAGGCAAACACGAGGAAGCAAAACAAAUGUUGAAGAAGAUAAGAGGAGCUGAAAACGUUGACCAUGAGUUUCAAGAUCUCUGUGAUGCUUGUGACGCUGCUAAGAAAGUUGAGUAUCCGUGGAAGAACAUCAUGAAGAGCAAAUACAGACCAGUUUUGAUCUUUUGCUCGGCUAUUCCCUUUUUCCAGCAAAUCACUGGAAUCAAUGUCAUUAUGUUCUACGCACCUGUUCUCUUCAAGACUCUCGGUUUUGGAGAUGAUGCUGCUCUUAUGUCGGCUGUGAUAACCGGUGUGGUUAACAUGCUCUCGACCUUUGUCUCCAUCUAUGCUGCUGAUAGAUAUGGAAGAAGGUUGCUUUUCCUUGAAGGUGGCAUUCAAAUGUUCAUAUGUCAGCUUCUUGUUGGUUCUUUUAUCGGUGCGAAAUUUGGAACCUUGACGCCAGCAACAGCUGAUUGGAUUCUUGCAUUCAUAUGUGUGUACGUAGCGGGAUUUGCAUGGUCAUGGGGUCCAUUGGGAUGGUUGGUACCAAGUGAGAUUUGUCCAUUGGAAAUAAGACCAGCGGGACAAGCCAUCAACGUCUCGGUCAACAUGUUUUUCACUUUUCUCAUCGGUCAAUUCUUCUUGACAAUGCUUUGCCACAUGAAUUUUGGUCUCUUCUACUUCUUUGCAAGCAUGGUUGCGAUCAUGACGGUUUUCAUUUACUUUUUGUUGCCUGAGACCAAAGGUGUUCCUAUUGAAGAGAUGGGAAGAGUUUGGAAGCAGCAUUGGUUCUGGAAAAAGUAUAUCCCUGAUGAUGCUGCUAUUGGUGGACAUGACGAGAAUAAUGAUUAA